AGCCUAGUGUAUGAAAAAUGCCAAAAGGAAUUUAGGCCAAUGUAUCACAUAAAGAUAGAUGUAAUGUAAAUUAUGUUAACAUAUUGCCACUAUGUUAAUAAUGGCCAAGCUUUUUGGGCGGUGUGAAGAGUGACUAGAAACAAGAGUACAAGAAGAAAAUGGAGGAUUUCUGCCUCUCUAUCUGGCGCAUCACAUAAACAAUUUAUACAACCGCCCCACACAGCAACCUUCUCUCUUCUCUUCUCUCUUCUUCCCUUUUACUUUGCUUCACUGGUCACUGUGCACUUAUUAAUGGACUCACUCUUUUUCUCUCUCCUAAAUCCUAUUCCCUUAAUUUAAUUCUUCCCCUUUUCCCAAUCUUCCAUAAAAUCACUUCACACUCUUCCCAUUUUCAAUAAAAAGUUCCUCCAUUUUUCUGUAUUUUACCCCUUUUAAAUAUAUUGGAGGGCACUUUCUGGGGUUUAUUUUUCUGGGUUUUGAUUCUUAGCUCUGUUUCUUGUGAAAUUUCAACAAAGAUCUCAUCUUUUUUUUCUGGGUUUUUUGUUCCUUGCGAAAAAUGGAGAGGAUUAAGCUUAAUUUCUUGCAUUUACUCUUGCUACUUUUAGUGGGUGUUGCUGUGUGUCAGAAUGAUUCAGAUGAAGUUUCUGGAAUUUACAUUGUUAUUCUCAAGCAAGCUCCUUCUGCUCAUCUUUACUUCAAUGAAUUGAGUCAAAAGCAUAAACCUGGGUUCAAAAAACAUACUCCCAUUAAGUCAAGCACAUUUCACAAACUUAGGAAUGACUCGAAAGUGGAUCCUCAUUACGGUUCGUAUAUUGCACGAGUACACGAUUCGUUGUUGAGGAGGGCGUUGAGAGGGCAAAGAUAUCUGAAGCUGUAUAGCUAUCACUACUUGAUUAAUGGGUUUGCUGUGCUUGUUACCCCUGGGCAGGCAGACAAGCUUUCUAGAAGAAGAGAAGUAGCCAAUGUGGUACUAGACUUCUCUGUUAGGACUGACACUACACACACACCUGAGUUCCUAGGAUUGCCUCAAGGGGCAUGGCCUCAGGAAGGAGGAUAUGAUUCUGCAGGAGAAGGGGUUGUGAUUGGACUUAUUGAUACUGGGAUCGAUCCUAUGCAUCCAAGUUUUUCAGAUUCUAUGGAAGCAAAUGCAUAUCCAGUUCCGCAACAUUUCUCCGGAAUCUGUGAAGUUACUAGGGAUUUUCCUUCUGGUUCUUGCAACAGAAAACUUGUUGGGGCGAGGCAUUUCGCUGCAUCGGCCAUAACAAGAGGGAUUUUCAAUUACAGUAAGGACUACGCAUCACCUUUUGAUGGUGAUGGACAUGGGACGCAUACAGCUUCAAUUGCAUCAGGAAACCAUGGUAUUCCGGUUGUUGUAUCUGGGCAUCUCUUUGGAAACGCAAGUGGAAUGGCUCCUCGCUCACAUGUUGCUAUAUACAAGGCAUUGUACAAGGGUUUCGGUGGAUUUGCUGCUGAUGUAGUUGCAGCCAUAGACCAGGCAGCUCAGGAUGGUGUUGACAUUCUUAGCUUAUCGAUCACACCCAAUAGGCGUCCUCCAGGAGUUGCCACAUUCUUCAAUCCUAUAGACAUGGCCUUGUUAACAGCUGUCAAAGUUGGUAUAUUUGUAGUACAAGCAGCCGGAAACACUGGUCCAGCUCCUCGCAGUAUUUCUUCCUUUAGCCCAUGGAUCUUCACAGUAGGUGCUGCUUCUCAUGACAGAGUUUAUAAUAACUACAUAUCUCUUGGCAACAAUGUGACCUUAUCUGGGACUGGACUUGCAUCGGGUACAAAUGACACUAUGUAUACAUUGAUCUCUGCUGCGCAUGCUUUGAGCAAUGAUACUGCUGCUCCAACUGAUAUGUACGUUGGGGAAUGUCAAAAUCCCAGUAGUUUAAAUCCAGACCUUGUUGCUGGAAACCUUUUGAUCUGUAGUUACUCAGUACGUUUCGUGCUAGGAGUUUCCACCAUCAAACAGGCUUUGCAGACUGCCAAGAACCUUAGUGCAGCUGGUGUUGUGUUUUACUUGGAUCCUUUUGUUUUAGGGUUUCAGAUAAACCCAACUCCUAUGGAUAUGCCAGGCAUCAUAAUUCCUUCAGCAAAUGAUUCCAAGGUGUUACUCCAAUAUUACAAUACCUCUUUGGUGAGAGAUGGGACCACCAAAAAAGUUGUAAAAUUUGGAGCGGUAGCCAGCAUUUCUGGUGGACUGAAGCCAGAUUUCAGUUAUUCUGCUCCGAAGGUGAUGUACUACUCUGCUAGAGGUCCAGAUCCAGAAGACAAUUCUCUUGAUAAUGCAGAUAUACUGAAACCAAAUCUGGUUGCUCCAGGAAAUUCAAUUUGGGGUGCUUGGAGCUCACUUGGUACUGAUUCUACUGAAUUUCUAGGGGAGGAGUUUGCUAUGGUGUCUGGGACAAGCAUGGCUGCUCCUCAUGUUGCAGGACUGGCAGCUUUAAUUAAGAAGAAAUUCCCUACUUUCAGUCCAGCAGCUAUUGCCUCUGCUCUUUCGACGACAGCUUCACUUCGUGAUAAGAAUGGAGGGCCAAUCAUGGCCCAGCGUGCUUAUUCUAACCCAGAUGUGAACACAUCUCCUGCAACUCCAUUUGACAUGGGCAAUGGAUUUGUUAAUGCAACUGCUGCUCUAGAUCCAGGACUCAUCUUCGAUUCAACCUAUGAUGAUUUGGUUUCCUUCCUUUGUGGUAUAAAUGGUUCAGCUCCAGUAGUGUUAAACUACACAGGUCAGACCUGUGAUGGGAUUCCUACUAUGAUUGGCUCAGACUUGAACUUACCCUCUAUUACAAUCGGGACACUAAACCAAACUAGAGAUGUCAAUCGAACAGUUUUAAAUGUUGGUGUGAAUGAAACUUUUCGUGUUGGUUGGAGCGCUCCUUAUGGUGUUUCUAUGAAGGUUGAGCCCACACACUUUGUCAUUGCAGCUGGAGAGAAACAGGUACUGACUGUAUCUCUGAAUGCUACUAUGAACAGUACUGCUGCUAGUUAUGGUAGGAUAGGUCUUUUUGGGGAUCAAGGUCACACUAUAAACAUUCCUUUAUCCGUCAUCUUUAAAUACUCUUACAAUGUAAGUAGCAGUUGAUGACUAUGAAAAUGAUUAUUUCUUCUAUUGUCCGAGCAUGGAGGUCGGCUAAUUGUAUCUUACUAAUCUUUUCACGGGGGUGCUGAUUAAUUUUUUUUGAUUCAAUACAUGUAAAGUAGUUGUACUAUGUUCAGAAUGUAGAUAUGUGAGUGUAUGAUAAUUAAAAAGAAAACAUUCUAUUUCUGCACCUUUCCAUUAAUAUAUUAAGAGUAAAAGUUCUUACAAUGUACUACUAGUAGAUGUGGCUAGUCCAAACAAUGAUAUUUUCAAAUAGAUUAUUGAGUAUAAUGAUCUAAGAAUGAAAAGCGUCAGUCUUUUUUCUUUA